GAUUAAGUAAUUGUCAGUUGUCAAAAAUGGCGAAUCGAACAGUGAAAGACGCUAAAUCAAUUCGAGGGACAAAUCCUCAAUAUUUAAUUGAAAAGAUUAUUAGAUCUCGAAUUUACGAUUCUAAAUAUUGGAAAGAAGAAUGUUUUGCAUUAACAGCCGAAUUACUAGUGGACAAAGCCAUGGAGUUACGAUAUGUCGGCGGGGUUCACGGGGGUUUUAUUUAUCCCACUCCUUUUUUGUGUUUAGUACUAAAAAUGUUACAAAUUCAGCCAGAGAAAGAUAUUGUCGUUGAAUUUAUAAAAAACGAAGAAUUUAAGUACGUCCGUGCAUUGGGUGCUUUUUACAUGAGACUCACAGGUUCCUCGGUAGACUGCUACAAGUAUCUUGAACCUUUGUAUAAUGAUAAUAGGAAAUUACGGCGGCAAAAUCGCCAAGGACAGUAUGAAAUAGUCCACAUGGAUGAAUUUAUUGACGAGUUAUUACGUGAAGAACGCUUGUGUGAUGUUAUUUUACCUAGAAUACAAAAAAGACAUGUCUUAGAAGAAAAUAAUGAGUUAGAUCCCAAGGUUUCAGCAUUAGAUGACGAUUUAGAUGAGGAAAUGCCUUCAGAUGAAGAUAUUGUAGAACCAGAAACCAAAGAGAACAGAAGAGAGAGUGAACGGAAGGACAGAGAGAGAAGAAGAGAUAGAUCGCGCGACCGACCUAAAAUAAUAAAUGACCGGCGCGAAAAAGAUCGUAAAAGAGAUCGUUCAAGAAGCAGAGAUCGCGACCGAAGGCGUGAAAGAGAACGUGAACGUGAAAGGGAGAGAGAACGACCCAGAGAAAGAGAACGUGAUAAAGAUAGAAGAGAUCGCCAUGAACCUGAAAGGAGGAGAGACAGAGGCAGAUAUUAAAAUUAUCUUAGUUAUUUAAUGUGUAAUAAAGUCUUACAAGUAC